UCCUUCGACAGGAGUUUCCACGACAGCUGAGUAGCAGCUAAAUGCGUUUUUUUUUUCACCUGUAACAUUGAACCUUUUCAACUCCGCUGAGUCGAAGUUUCGCAAAAUGGGAGACAAGAAGAGUCCCACAAGGCCAAAGCGGCAGUCCAAGCCAUCCUCCGACGAUGGUUACUGGGACUGUAGCGUCUGCACAUUCAGGAACAGCGCUGAGGCGUUCAAGUGCAUGAUGUGUGAUGUCAGGAAGGGGACGUCAACACGAAAACCGCGGCCUGUUUCUCAGCUGGUUGCACAGCAAGUAAAUCAGCAGUUUGCACCACCCACACACUCCAAAAAGGAGAAGAAAGAAAAAUCAGACAAAGACAAGAGUGAUAAAGAACCAUCAUUGAAAAAGAAAAGCCAUAAAAAAAUGAGGCCCAGGUUAAAAAACAUAGACAGGAGCAGCGCCCAGCAUCUAGAGGUCACAGUUGGAGACUUGACUGUAAUAAUCACAGACUUUAAGGAGAAAGCCAAACCCACAUCCACUUCAACAAGUGCUGCCUCAGCAGACCUACACAGUCAAAGCGGCUCAAGCUCUGAUAACACUGAACGAGGAGUCUCCAGAUGCUCUUCGCCCCGUGGGGAAGGUUCGUCAGUCAAUGGAGAGACUCACUAACCUUCACACCCAAUUCAGCACAACUCAUUCUUCUGCACUCUCAACAGCCUCAACCAGAGAUUAAACUUCGUCAUGCACGUUUUUUAAAAAAAUACUAUAAAUGCCAAUAUGAUAGCAUUCACUUCCAUUUGGGGUUGUAUUUUUCACUGCCUUCCCAAAAUGAUAAAGAAUUCAGGAGUCAGGUUGUAUGCUGUAUGCUGAAAUCAAAGAACUGUUACAGCACAACUUACCAUGAUGAACUGAAAAAAAGCAACAGUAGCAUUAAAUCCUGGAUGUCAGUGGAAAUGUGCCACGUGUUGUGGUGGCUUGUCUUUAACACCUCAGUGUUGCAUCAGCAUUAUACUCAACUGGUCGUUGCCGCACAGAAUAAAUGAUGCAUUAUGAAAGAAAAUGUGAAGAAGUCAUCUCAGAAUUGUAGUUUAUCCUUGAAUUUUGUUAUCAUUAUUUGCACUUAAUGGCAUCCUAUGUUCAUGGUAACAUUUUUUAGCAUUAUUUCCACUUUGCUGUUAUGAGUAAAUCAUGACUCUGUUGGUUACUGGCCUUAUCCAGCUUUCCUUUUAUGGAUGCAAUAAUUGUUUCACUGUCUAACAUUUGAGUAAGAAUACUGAACAGUUAUUCUAAGUAUGCUUCUCCUUCACUUGGUAGAGUUGAGCAUGAUUUAAUCUAUAGAAUCGUUUAUAUUGUACAAUAAUGUUAAAUAAAAUAAU